AUGGGACAUAAUUAUCAUCAUCAUCAUCAUCAUCAUAAAAGACAUAGUUGUUCAAAUUGUUGUAUUGGAAUUAAUACUAUAUUUUUUUUAAUAACAUUUAUAGCUGGAGCUGUUAUAACAGCAGCAAUAUUUGUACCAUCAGUAGAGUAUAAAGAUGGAUGGUUAAAGAUUAGUGCAUCAUUGGUGGAGAAACCAACUAUAUCAGCAUACUGUUCGAAUGAAACAUGUUCAGAAUAUACCAAUCAAGUUGAAUUUCCCUACUAUUUCUAUGACCAUGGUAGAACAUUCCCUUAUGAAUAUGAUAAUGGUGAUACACCAUUAGCUCAUAAAAACUCGACUGAACCUACAAAUGAAUGUACGACAACCUCCUCAUCAACUUAUCAAUGCUAUAAUACAUCUGUAACAUUCAAUUAUCAUAUAAACUCAACUUUUACAAAUACCGAUACCCUUUAUGUUCAAGGUAAUUGGGAAGAAGCUUACGAUUUCAAUGCGUACAUUACAAAUGCUACAUUCCCAUGUUGGGUAUCCACUUCAAACUCUUCAAAGGUUUCGAUUGUACCAAUUCCAAGAUAUUCACCUGGUGCUGCAAUUGCAAUCUCUGUUUUAUUCUCAUUUGCUUUAUUAUCUUUACUUUUAAUUUUAGUUUUAAUUUCAAUUCGUUGUUUCUGUAAACAAGUUCAUUUUGGUUAUAAUAAAGGUGAUUAUCAACCAAUUUCAAGUUUUUAA